UGCAUUGGAUUACGUAUACCAGCAGACGUCGUUUCAAUAACUUUCAUAUUGGUGAAUUUACCAGACAGUAGUAAUGCUCUUAAACAAUAUUUGUAACUGCAUACAGUUUGUAGGACGAGUUGAAUCUAAUGAUAUUAAAAAAAAAUAAAUAGUAUUUUAAAUAUGUUUCUAUGUUACUAGUUUUUAAAGUGGGACACAGUUUCAUCAAUGAACUUGCUAUCGAUUUUUGCACCUUCCACUAAGUGCUAUUUGACUACAGUCCUCUUAAGAGCCCAGCAAAAUUUGAACUCCUUCGAUUUUUGAGUGAUCGGGGGAUACGUAUUCCCGUAUAUAUGGUAUCAUAGCUGAUGGAAUCCUCGUCAGAAAACAAUUACAUUCAUUUGGAGCCCUUUAUACAUCAAGUUGGAGGACAUUCAUCAAUGCUGUGUUUGGACCAAGCAACUGUAUGCAAACCACUUGUACCUAGAGAACUCCAGUUUUAUGAGACCCUGCCUGACUCUGUGCGGAAAUUUACCCCGAAAUUUUAUGGUGUUGUUAAAGUUCAUAUCGUACAAGAAGAAGGAUAUGUCACUCUCAUUGCCACACCCCCUGAACAGUACAAACCAAUACAGUCCAAUGACAAAAGCAGUAGGAUUCGUAUGCAUCGCUCUGGUAGUAUUGAAGUUGACAACAGUGUCGAAGGACUGUUUCAUGAGGACCAACCUGAAGCAGGGACUUCUGGGAAUACAGGAAUAAAAAAGGAGACUGCACUCAAUCCAUGGGUUCUUAAGUGCCAUCGAACACAAUUGCAGGAACUUAUGGCUAGAGUACAUGCCAGCAAUUCUGAACUGAAUUUCAUUCUGCUAGAAAACCUCGCAUGGAAAUUUACAUUCCCAUGCAUUCUUGAUCUGAAAAUGGGAACUCGUCAAUAUGGCGAUUCAGCGAGUCUUCCCAAGAAGCAGAGUAAGAUGUUCAAAGUUGUGAGCACCACAUCUGGUAAACUGGGUGUCCGCAUUGGAGGAAUGCAGGUGUAUCAAGUUACCACAAAACACUUCCUGUGUCGCAAUAAAUUCUACGGACGCAGCCUAUCAGUAGGAGGAUUUCAACAAGCUUUGCGUCAGUUUUUGCACAACGGGACAAGGCUCAGGUCAGAUGUCCUGCCUCCACUUAUACGACGUCUAGAGGAGCUUGUGUGUGUUCUGGGACGACAGGAUGCUGUACGUUUCUACACCACUUCACUGCUUCUUCUUUAUGAGGGAGAUGACUGUCACAGUGACACCUUGGCUUCAGUUUAUGAUUUCAACAAGGUACGAUCCAAAAAUUUAGAGGACAGCCAAAUAUCUGCAGUCCAUGAUCAAAAUACAGACUUUUUAAGAAAUGACUGUAUUGAAGGACGGCUCAGCAGGCGAAGUUCGAGCGCAGAAACUCUUUCAGCGGUGCUUGAUCAGUCACUAGACUUCUUAGCAGCUUCAGAGGACCCACACAAACAAUCCUCAGGAUUAUACCAUCGCCGCAGUAGCAGCACUGUCACAUAUGAGGACAUCAAAUUGAACUCAUCACCUUCAUAUGAAGCUUCUGUUCCUUCCUCUCCAUUACUGAUGCCAGAGCCACUUGUUGAUGUUCGGAUAAUUGAUUUUGCUCAUUCAACCCACAAAGGUCUGGAUGAUCCUGUGGUCUAUUCAGGUCCUGAUCAUGGGUUCCUUUUUGGACUGGAAAAUAUGAUUGCACUUUUAAAAGGAAUCGAGAGAGACCAAGGCUGAGACAAAGUAUUGUUUUAGGAUGCCACAAAAAAGUUUAUGUGAUUUAAUUAGUCAGGCCAUAGCACUGUUAAUUUUUAUACACAAGCCACUGUUAUUAAUAAAGUACCAGGCCACUAUCAUGCACUUUACAAUUUAUGAAUUGAAACACACACAAAUAAAUACAAAAGUACAAGGUCAUACAGCUUGAAGCAAUAAAGUGUGAUAAGGGCUGUAUGGUAUUGUACACUGCAGGUUGAAACACCUGCUAGCAUUCCACUGAAAAUUACCGCUUUGCAUAGAGAGUAUAUAGUACCAUGCUAUACAGUAUUUAGACCAUUUCUGUGUAAGCAAUAAAUCAGUAUGCUUCUAAAUAUGUCUGUUCUUCUUGUAACUCUCUUGUGCGAUAAUCAGUGAUUAUGAAUGUAUGCUCCACCAAGCAAUUUUUGUACAUCUUUAAUGUUGGCUAUUGAAAAUAAAUUUUGUUUUAGGCAUAAAUAAAUGGAUCCAUUUGAUACUGGAGCAUCUCCUUGCCAUUGUCCAUUGUUUGAAUAAAGAAGAUAUAGUAUUUUUGGAGGUAACUGUGACAAUAAGGUACAAGUGGAUUAUACCCAUUUGAAACCUCACUCAGCUUAAAUUUUCUGUCAGAUUUUUUCUGUUUUUUUGUAUUCAUAAAAUACUUAGUAUAAUCCAAGCUGUAACUUAAUAAAUGAUCACAUUAAUAAAUACAUCCAGAAGUGCAUCUCUAUGCUCUCAAGCUAUAGCCAUAGUAAUUGCAAGCAUAAAUUGUAAAAAAUGCAAAGUUUUCUUUUUAAGUAAUUCUCCUGUUAUCUGUCAAUUUUGUUGUUAUACUAGAUAGUUUAGAAAAUUGAAGAACCUGCAGGUGACAUCUAGAGACCAGUGAAAAAGUUUUAUGAUCUGUAGAUGAAUAUUGAGAACACACAGAAACUUCCCCUUGGGUAUGUAACCCAAAAUGGGGAAGAUCCAGAUGGAAUAAAAUUAAACCUCCCCCACUAAUCACUAAUGGAAAGGUAAAGCUAUUCCUGAAACAGGCCAUGGAGGCCCAUAGGGUUGUGAGACAUUGAAGGUCCCACAUUAU